CCGCGCCGCCCGGCUCUCUAUGGUGCGCUGCUGCCCCGGAAGCUGGUGGCGGCGGGGCGCGCUCCGGCUCCUCGCAGCUGCGGCGCAUGGCGGGCACGGCGCUCAAGCGGCUGAUGGCCGAGUACAAGCAGUUAACUCUGAAUCCACCAGAAGGAAUAGUAGCAGGGCCUAUGAAUGAAGAAAACUUCUUUGAAUGGGAAGCCUUGAUCAUGGGCCCAGAGGAUACCUGUUUUGAGUAUGGUGUUUUCCCAGCUAUCCUGAGCUUCCCUCUUGAUUAUCCUCUGAGUCCUCCAAAGAUGAGGUUCACGUGUGAGAUGUUUCAUCCAAACAUUUACCCUGAUGGGCGAGUUUGCAUUUCCAUUCUGCAUGCUCCAGGGGAUGAUCCCAUGGGGUACGAGAGCAGCGCUGAGCGGUGGAGCCCAGUGCAGAGCGUGGAGAAGAUCCUCCUGUCAGUGGUUAGCAUGUUAGCAGAACCAAAUGAUGAAAGUGGAGCCAAUGUUGAUGCCUCCAAAAUGUGGCGGGAGGACAGAGAACAGUUUAACAAAAUUGCCAAGCAGAUUGUGCAGAAGUCCCUUGGGCUUUAAAAACAAAAAAGAAAAGAAUGAAACUGCAAUUUGUUGUAUUUCUCUCCAGCUGACAGAGAGCAGUGCUUAGUGCUGAUACCAAAAAGGCAGAUUUUGCAAAAUCGUUGGCCUAAUUCUUCCUCUUUAUUUUUUUUUUAUUAUUCCUCCCCCCCUUAAAAAGUCUCUGGGUCACAGACUAAAACACGUAGCAAGGGGGUACAUUAUUAGAACUCAAAAAUGGAAUCAGUCCUAUUGCAAAGGCUGUUCAAUGCUACCUCAUUCUGUUGUAUUGAAAAUUUGGAGAUUUUGCAAAGCAUGAAUUUGAGCCUAGCACAGUCUUAUACCCAUUUGCUGCAGUCCAUCCCCUGGUCUCACCAGGAAAAUGCACAAGUGAUUGUGCAUUGCCGAGCAGUGGAAUCAGUCUUAUUCUCCCCAGUCAGUGAUUCAGAGCGAAGGUUAGUGAUUGAAUACUUAGGUAGGUAGGUGGUCAGCAUAUUCACGUUUGCAGGUAUUCCCAUUUUGGCCAGUCUGCCACCAGAACUUGUGCCAGGGAAGAGGAGUUUUAGAUGACGUGCUACAACAAUCAGCUUUACAUUUCUACAUAACAUCGUACCCAAAAAUGUGUGUAGAAAGCGAGUCAUUUUUAGUUGUGUGAUCUCAUUGGGAAAUUGGAAACAGUGAUGAUAGUCAACACCAGAGUUCACAAAAAGGUAGCUCAGUGAAAGAGGUUCUAAAACAAGAACACCUUCAGGUUGUUUUAAUGUAGGUAGCGAUUUUCAGUUUUUUAGCUAAGGUGACUCAUUCUAGAUGGCCAGUUCCAUCAAUGGCUGGUGCUCUUAGACCCAGCUGUCUAGAAUAACCCAGUGUUUUUGUAUCAUGCUGUCAGUCUAAAUCUAGCCUUUGAAUCUGCUUUUGCAAAGAAGAGAUCUCAAUGACUGCUGUAAUUACUCCCUAAAAAUAUUUAUGGUAACUUCCAGUGUCAAUCAGAGAGGUAGGUCGGGAAAUCCAGUCUUUUCCUAAACAUUUUGGUCAGCUGUUUUGUUAGGUAACUGUUACGCUUAUAAAAAGCACACAAGAUUUUUUUAUAGGGGAAAAGGCAACACACCACAUUUAUUGAGAAUACAACAGUUAGCAUAUGUUUUUCAGUCUCACAUACACCAUGCACGCAGUCCUGCCAGGCGAUGUUAUAGUUACCAGUCCAGAGUCUGGAUCAAUCUAGUGGCCAGCCAGAUUGGUCGCAGAGGGGAGCCGGGCUCUGUCAUUCAUGAUCCGAUGCUCCUGGAGUUGUGGGCAAGACGAACCCAAAGCCCCAUGGCAAAGCACCCUGUUCUUAUAGUUGUUCUUCUCUGCUGAAGUCUAUGGAUUUUGUUGUGUCAGUUUGUGACCGGUUACUCCUCAGUGGGUGUUAUCUUUUGAUGGCCCAGAACACCUCCAGUCUGGUUUCGAUUCAGUCAAUUACCUUGUGUUUUAAGAGUGCCAGCCUUCAUCUCAGGGUUGUCAGUCUGCCCCUCCUCAACCAUGGAUGCAUGUUCAUGGUUCUCUGGUGUCUUUGAGUCUCUUCACUUCUCCUCCCUUGGCCAUCUGGCUAACAAUAGUCUUCUCACUUUAUCUUUUCCUGAUGCAUGCAUUCCUCAUUCACACAAACAGUUCUUUACAGAAACCUUCAAAAGGUAUCAAAUAGUAGUAUUUUAUAUUGAACAAGAAAGGCAUCAUAAAUUAGAGCUUACUAAAUCUUGCAACUAUCUUUUUGUACAUUCAAAGGCCUGGGCCUUUGAAAUUCCUCUAAUCUAAUUAACAUAGAGACAGACAAGAUCCUGUCUUUUUACUUACAAGGGAAAGAAAAUGGCUAAAAGGCAAUAUCAGCUAUCCUAUUCAUUUAUUCCAAUAACUUAACCCUUACUAAAUAACAUGCAAUGCAUAUAACAGAACAUAAUAAAUUAUAUAGCACAGUACCCCUGGUACAACAUACCUGCAUCCUGAAACACUGCAUAGGUCAUCUGUGCUCUGAAAAUCGGGGGGGAAAACGGGCUCAGCUAGUCCUGCUGGGAAAGUAAACCCUAUCCAAGAUAUUGUGAGAUGAUCUGAAACCCUGUUCUGCCAAUACUUGAUAGAAUAGAGCAUUGACUUGAAUGCUUGUCACAACAUCUGAGAUCACCCACACUUCAGGUAGGGAAUUUGGAUUUUUGAUGCUGAUCUGAUUUAACCCUUACAUUAGCAGGAGUUGCUGUUUCUAGAUGCUAACUGCUCUUGCAUACCUAAGUCAGUGCUGGGGGAGAUCCUUUAUCCUUGAUGCCAUCCCCUAGAGGAUGGAAGGAUGCACGCUUGCAUCAUUGUUCUACUGCCCUCUGUAUGGUAUGCAGCAGGACAAUGAAGAACCUUCAAACUCUGUAGUGCCCAGACUGUAAAGCUGGUGUGGGGCACCUGCUGGUGCUCUUGCUUUACAACGGAACCUCUUGUCUAGGCCUGAAUCUUCUGUAGCAAAUAUGCUUAUGCUGCAAGCAAUAACAUACACCUCUGUUGUGUGUGGAAUCAAGUAUUGUUGACUAUCUUAAACAAGCUAGGAUAGGAGUAUUUCUUUUUGAAUGAAAAGAACCAAGAAAUCAAAUUAUUGGAAUAAUUACAUUAUUGAGAGAGCUUUGCUGAAGUGAAAUAUAUAUAUUGUUCUCAUUUCAGUAUCUGGUGGCUUGCAGUUCAUACUGCAUAUGCACAUGUGCUGCAUGUCACUCUAGGAUGUCAUCUUUAUCCAUCACUGAAGAGACUCUGGGUUGUGAUAACUUGCUGGAUUUACCUCCAUUAUAGGGAGUAAUUCCUCUAGGUUUGGAAGAAGACUAGUUUUGGGUGCAGGAAAAUGAUGGAGUAGUGUUGUACCCAACUAGUAUUUGCAAAUGUACAUGAAGAUGUAGCUUUUGUAUGUGGAGUGAAGGCAUUUUAUGCACUAGAUAGAUGCUGUGUAGCUUGUGGAGUACUAUAGUCACAUUAGGAAACAGCUUCCGAAAGGAGGCGGUUGUAUGCCUGAUUCCAGACAGAUUGUGAUCAGUCAAGAAAGGGACAUGGCAGAAUUAGUCUUGUUUUAAAAGCAAAAUAUUUUUAUUCAUGUGUAUUAUUUUAUGGUGGAACUUAAUCUGUAUAUUGAAAAUAAAGUGAUAUUUUCUCCUU